GCGCGUGGCGGAGGUGGGGCGGGCGCGCGGGCCUCGGCGGCGGCAGCAGCUGAGAGUGCGGGGCAGCCAUGGGGGCGCGCGGCGCGGGCCGGCUGUGGUGGGGCACCGUGAGCUGCACUUUGUUCCUGGCAGUUAAUGGUUUGUAUUCGGCCAGUGAUGAUGUGAUAGAGCUCACACCAACUAACUUCAACAAGGAGGUCAUUCAGAGUGAGAGCCUGUGGCUAGUGGAGUUCUACGCCCCAUGGUGUGGUCAUUGUCAAAGACUAACCCCUGAGUGGAAGAAAGCAGCAACAGCUUUAAAAGGUGUAGUGAAAGUGGGUGCAGUAGAUGCAGAUAAACAUCAGUCCUUGGGUGGACAGUAUGGAGUCAGAGGGUUUCCAACUAUCAAGAUAUUUGGAGCCAACAAACAUAAAGCAGAGGACUAUCAGGGUGGCAGGACAAGUGAUGCAAUUGUUGAAGCUGCUCUAAGUGCUCUUCGGUCCCUGGUGAAAGAACGUCUUAGUGGCAGAAGUGGAGGAUACAGCUCUGGGAAACAGAGCCGGGAGAGUGGAGGUGGAGACAAGAGGGAUGUGAUUGAGCUGACUGAUGACACCUUCGAUAAGAACGUCAUCAAUAGUGACGAUGUGUGGAUGGUGGAGUUUUAUGCCCCGUGGUGUGGGCACUGCAAAAACCUGGAGCCAGAAUGGGCAGCUGCUGCCACUGAGGUGAAGGAACAAACAAAAGGAAAAGUAAAGCUGGCUGCAGUAGAUGCAACAGUCAAUCAGAUGCUGGCAGGGCGAUAUGGGAUUCGUGGAUUUCCCACCAUUAAAAUCUUCCAAAAAGGUGAAGAUCCUGUUGAUUAUGAUGGUGGGAGAACUAGAUCUGAUAUCAUUGCUCGUGCUCUGGAUCUGUUUUCUGAUAACGCACCACCACCUGAGCUCCUGGAGAUAAUUAGUGAGGAUGUUCUGAAGACUACCUGUGAUGCUCAUCAGCUGUGCAUAAUUUCUGUCUUGCCUCAUAUUCUUGACACAGGAGCCUCAGGGAGAAAUUCUUACCUGGAUGUCAUGUUAAAAAUGGCUGAAAAAUACAAAAAGAAAAUGUGGGGGUGGCUGUGGACAGAAGCAGGUGCUCAGUCAGAUCUUGAGAGCUCUCUGGGGAUUGGAGGCUUUGGGUAUCCAGCAAUGGCUGCUGUUAAUGCUCGCAAGAUGAAAUUUGCCCUUCUGAAAGGAUCAUUCAGUGAGCAAGGGAUUAAUGAGUUUCUCAGGGAACUCUCUGUUGGUCGUGGCUCUACAGCACCAGUGGGUGGUGGAGCUUUCCCCAAAAUUCAUUCAGUUGAACCUUGGGAUGGCAAAGAUGGUGAGCUUCCAGUUGAAGAUGACAUUGAUCUCAGUGAUGUGGAUCUGGAUGACUGGGAUAAAGAUGAGCUGUGAGAUCUUCAGGAAACUUUUUUUCUUGGGAGAGUUUGCGCAGCAGUUUGCAGCCUGGAUCACAAUCAGACAGAUAUUCCAGUGGCCUUUAUGUGGGGAAUAGCACAUGACAAACUGUGCUGUUUGAUGCACUGCAGCAGUGGACUGUACGCAUCUCAAGAAAACAUUGCAGAAAUUCUAUGAAUUGUCAUAACCAGUAAACUUGAUUGUAUUCUGUGUUACAAAUAUUUUGAGGACAACAUGGAUAUUUCUUUGGAACAUCUUGGGUUUUAUUUUGUGGGUAGUGUGCUGUUUGAGUGUUACUGGAGGCUGUUAGUGUAACCAAUGUUAAAUGUAAUUUUUUUUUUUUCAUGGAGGUGGAACCUGGUCAGCUUCUGUUUCAAUUAAAGAAUAAAAUAUUUUUUGACACACA